AUGGCGACUGUGAACUUACUGGAAUACCUUCGCUCACGAACACAGGUGGAUAUUGAUACAUACGAUGCUGAAGCUUCCAGAGAGAUCGGACCUUUCCAGGACGCAACGGGAAACCAAUUUGAGAUUCAAGCUGAGAUUGUCAAGCCCAACAGAAGCGCUGUGUUGAAGAGAUCACUAGAGUUGGCGGCAACUAUCCACCCACGGUUUGCCACCAUCACCCUCGAGGAGCUUGCUGUGGAGGUGGUGGGUAUUGAACUAGCCCUCGAAGUGAUCCAAACUGUUCAUGGAAAUGUUCAUGUCAUGGUCAACCCGAGCUACUCCUACAAUACCGAAGCAAUAGUUGCAAAUGCUCAGCGACUCCAUCAUAUCUGCAAAAUCGUUGACCCUUAUUUCGACACAUCUCACCUGGUUACGAAGGUCCCAGCCACAUGGGAGGGAAUGCAGGCUUCCCGUCAGCUCAAGCAAAGUGGAAUAAAGACUUUGGCCACGACUGUCUUCUCCAUGGAACAGGUAAUCCUUGCGGGCGAAGCCGGCUGCAUAUCAAUUUCACCGUUUGUGCAUGAGCUCAAAACCGAAACUUACAAGGGAUACAAGGACAAGAACCCAAUCCUUGGUGUCUGUGUGCAAGCACAACAGUUCUAUCAGCAGAACUCUCUUCCCACACGGCUGAAAGUCUGUGUCACAAUGAACCUCGAUGAGCUGAUUAUGCUCGCCGGAAUCGACGCACUUACUAUAACACCAAAGGUUCUGAAGGUUUUGGCAGCUACAGAGAGACUCCAAGAGGAGGUGGAAAGUAUGUCCUUGUUUGCGAAAACCACUAUGACCACAGAGGUUGUCAAAUAUCUCUCAUAUAUCGACUCCGAGAGUCAAUACCGGGUUCAUUUUGCUGCUAGUGAGGAUGGAAAGGCCCAGUUCAAGACAGCACAGGCAAUUUCUCUGUUUUGUGAUGCUCAAACGGCGGCGGAGUUGUACAUCGCUUCUCAAUUGGAGGACUCUUCUUACAUCCCAAUCAAUCUAUGA